AUGUCUGGUUUUUUUUCAAUAGAUGACAUUCGAGUAGUAAUUUCCAUAGAUUUUGGAACUACGUUCUCUGAUGGCAAAGCUUACGGAAAGUUCAAAACCAACACUGUUCUUCGAUAUGAUGAUGAAUUCGAUAAAGUUUUGGCGUGGGGUGCUGCAGGUUUAGCAAAGAAUCCUAACAAUAAAAAAAAAAAUGCGAAUACAUCAAAACCUGUAGAACUAUUCAAACUUGCUUUGGGCAAUUUAGCUGAUGAUCUAAAACCAGAUCUUCCACCAAAACUUCACAUUCAAAAAGAAGAAAGGCAUAAAAAAGCCAUUACUGAUUAUCUAGAAAAAAUGGGUAUAUCAUUCUUUUAUUCAAAUAUUAUCUUUACCAAACUUAGUGUCAUUAACAGUAAAUUUAUUUUACAAUUUAUAUUAGGAGAGGUGAUUAAACAAAGGGUUAAAAGUCAUUGGGAUAUAGAUUUUUAUGAAAACACACGACUGAUUUUUACUAUCCCAGUCGCAUAUUCUUAUAAAGCAAAAAAGGUUAUGCGUGAAUGUGCAUUCAAGGCAAACUUGAUUGCCAAUGUUGAUUCGGAUAAAUUACAAUUUACCACAGAACCUGAAGCCGCCGCUAUAUAUUGCAUAACAAAAAAGAGUUUAAAAGAUAAUUUUCUCAAUGGAUCAGAAUCUAGUUUCUUAAUUGUUGAUUGUGGAGGUGGAACAGUUGAUUUGACUACACAACGUGCCGGAGAUUUCUGCGGAUCUACUUUCAUCGAUAAAGAAUUCUUGAAAUUUCUUGGUAGAAUUGUUGGCCAAAAU